CUCAGCAAUUCAGUUUACCACUUUAUCUGCACUGUCGACUGCACCGGAAGACUCUCGUCGUUGUCCUCGUGGAUACCGUGUAUCAAGGACAACAUCAUCUUAUUAGUAGUACUAGGGUCGUGCAACAUGAUCCGGCACUUGUCGAAGCUGUUGGUAUUGAGCACUUCGAACUGAGUCAGGGGAGCGUAAGUCUAUUCGGACAAGAACAU